AAAAUCCCUAAAAGCUGAGAAGUGCCACGAAAACCCAAAGUCUUCAACUUUCGGCCAAAGCCUGGGUCCUGGUUUGGCCUCCAUGCCGGAAACGCUUCCGCCGUCUCCGUUGGGUGAAGAAUCGAUGGAAGAUGUUGGAGAGAAUGAUCCGAUUGUGAGCGAUGGGUACUUCACCAAAGGAGCAUUGGUUGAGGUUAGCAGUGAUGAGGAAGGAUUCCAUGGUUCUUGGUUUGCGGCAACUGUAGUGAAAUCCAUGGGGAAAGACGGGUUCCUUGUCGAGUACAAGUGCUUGAGGACGGAGGAUGAUUCGGCAUUUUUGAGAGAGGAGGUGGAUAACAUGCACAUACGACCUCAUCCACCGGAAAAUGUUGUUGAUUGUUUCAAGAAACUUGAUGAAGUUGAUGCUUUGCACAAUGAUGGUUGGUGGGUUGGUGUGGUUUCUAAGGUUCUAAGAGGUUCAAGGUACAUAGUCUACUUCAGGGAAACCUGUGAGGAACUUGAAUAUCAUCACUCUGAGUUAAGACUUCAUCAGGACUGGAUUGAUGGCAAAUGGGUUAUCCCAUCUCAGGUAUGGCUCUAUCUUAUAUCAACCAUUUUUAUUGACAUAUUUGUACUUUGUUUUAGUGUUCAGUGCCAGAUUUUCUGAGAAACUGAAUCCUUGGUUGCCAAGUGCAACAUUUCACACUAAAGUAGCAAAGCUCUCGGCAAACACUGACUGUUUUCCAAACUGUAGGGACAUUAAGAUAUUACAAACCAUGUCUAGAAAUAAAUUCUUUGAUUUCUUCCAUUCUUGGGGGAUGAAUAAUAGAUCAUGACACUAGUUGAAAAAUAUUUUAGAGUCCAACUGUUUCCUCAACUCUUUUACAUGAGGUGAUACUCCUAUUAUUUUCGGAAUCACGUAAGUCUUACAUCUUGUAUACGAAUGAGAAAACCAAUUUGGGGGUUGAGUUAUAUAGAAUCUGCAAAAACUUUAGUCAGAUUCAGACUGUUUGAGAAGAUGAAUUGGCAAAAUACAAAGUGAAAAAUUGAGCUUUGUGGGAGAGUAACUGUGACUGGUCUAUUGGCUGCAGUUGUUACUUGUUAGUCACUCAUGUAGGUAACAUUUGCUUAUGGUAACUGUUUAAGGUUGCCAAAAGGCACCAUAAAUGGAAAGGUGUGGGACAGUUGGUCAUAAAUAAAUUGAGAGUUAGAGCUGCUUACAGUUCCACCUGCUAACUUAAAGCUGCUUCAUGGU